GUCUUACAUGAUCGCUAUAAGGAAAUGUUUUGAUAAAUCAUUGGGUUUUGAGCGUUGGUUCCUAUAUUAGAUGUCGUUUCUUGCAGGAUUGCUGUAAAAAUAGAACUUCUCACGCACCGAAGAAGAUUCCAGGAAAAACUUCUGACCAACUUAAUCUCUGUUAUUCACAAAGAAAAGGGAUUAAGCUUGUUAGGCCCUAGAUGCACCGCACAAGAUUUCAGGAAGAACUUCUGACACACUUAAUCUCUAUUUUUCAUAGAGAAGAGAGAUUAAGCCUGUUAGUAAACAAUGUUGAAUUUCCAUUGCACCCACCAAAAUUGCCAUUGAACCAAAUUCACAAAUCCUUCAAAGGCUCCGUCGUCCUGCCCCAGAGCAGGACGAGCUCUGGAAAAUGGAAAUGAUUAGCAAUUAACGCAUUAUUCUGGUGCCACAGAAUACCCAUAAUCAAGUCAAUCUUUGUAUUAAACCACAUUACAUUAGCCUAACAGCAAACAACCACUUCACACGCGAACUGCAGCGCGCUCAAAUUUCCAAGCCAAAAUCGGAUUAUCUUUGUCAAACUUGAAAAAGGGUUCUCCAUUUUCCACUUUGACAUAGAUAAUUAGUUUUAUGUUAGACAUCAGUACAUCUAGGGCCUUAGUAAACAAAUGCUGAUUUUCCAGUGCGGCCACCCAAAUUGCCACUGAACCAAAUUCACUAAUCCCUCAAAGGUUUAGUCGUCCUGCCCUAGAGCUUGAUCGUUAUAAUGUUUUGAUAAACCAUUGGGCUUUGAACAUUGAUCGGGUCCUAUAUUAGAUGUCGUUUCCAGCAGGAUUAAUGUAAAAUAGAACUUUUUUGUCAAAAGACAUUACUUCUUUGAAACUUUGUUUCCGUUUCCAGCUUGCUAGCAUGUUUUUACGAUCAGGUUCAUUCUCCAAUACCCCAGCAUUAAAAGCAACAACGAAUAAGAAUAGGAUGAUAAAGAGGUUGAUUCAAAGGGAUUUGUCUUCAGAUACAGGGAAAAGUUUAAAAAAGCUGGAUCCUAAUGAGAAGGAUUCUGAAAAGAAAAACUUUUCACAUUACAAAUCUCAGACCAGUUUUGAAACUCAUGGCACCCUGAGUUCAAGUCGCGUGUAGUCAAAUCUUUUUGAGUGGUUCGCCCUUAGAUUCACUUCGGCUUUUUUACCGAUUUGAAUGUAUGUAUGGAUAAAGAAAAGGUCACAAUAGCAGUCUGCUCGACGGACUCCAAGUAGUUCUUGCGGCGAAAAAUCGAUGAAAAUGUAGCAAAUAAGAAACGUCGCAAUAUUAGGCGAAAUAAUAGCCUUCAUCAAUUUACGUGUAUUUAUUGUUGUUUAUUCUCGUCGCAUUGCGGUGUUUCUUAUUUGCUACAAUCGAAUAUUCAAUUCGACAAAAAGUUAUCAAAUGAACGCAAUUUUUUCAAAUCAAGGCAAACUGGACUUCGAUAUGUCGUUUGCAAGGUUCUUCCAAUGUCGUUUUUUGAUGAAGGUUCUUCCAGUGUCAUUUUUCUUCCUAAAUCAUCUAUUUCUGAGUUGACUGUACCUAUGUAGUUUUUGGUUUCUAGACUGAAUUGCCUUAACCGUGAAUUUUAUCGAAUCGUCAUUUCACACAGCGGAAUAAAUAAGUGAAUAAGUGAACAAGUAUCACUGACAAGUAGAAUAUUAUUGAUGAAAAACUUUCAGACAGCAAAUUUCCGUGACUGAAAAAUGAAGGAAAGAUUUGUGAUGAAAAUGAUGAAAAGGAUGGAAGUCGAGCAUGUCAGCAUUUUGUCAGCAUUUUGUCAGCUUGUCUUGAUGGCAUUAUUCCAAUCAAUUAUAGCUCCAAAACGAAAUGAUAUUUAAUUGUUAGUUGCAUCUGUAUUCCUUUCCAAAUUUUCGAAAAGGAUAAGAAUUAACUUCUAAAGUUUUGAUUAGCAUGAAAUUUGUCAAAUCGAGUUAGCUUUUACGAAGAGAUUAAAUUUUUUAGGGUGUUAGGAAAAGUAGCAAUUUAUGUCCAUCAGAUUCCCUUUUUCCAAUACCAGGAGCAAACGCUUGUACUACCGGGGUCAAAAAAUUUUUGCUCUGGAAUGGUAUCCAAACUACUGAACAUGGCUUCUAAACAAUAACUAGUUGAUUAGAAACAUCUGCGAGAUUCAUCUGCGAGAUUUACCAGUAUUUCUAGCUUUAAUGCAAAUACAGUCAAAUCCCGCUAUCUUGAAAUCGAUUAUCUCGAAAACUCUCUAUUUCAAACAGAUUUUUAUUUCCCUCGUUUUCCUGUAGCGCUUUGUACAGUAAUGAAACGCAAUAUCUCGAACAAUUCGCUAUCUCGAACGAAGUUUUAAACCCUUGAACGAAAAAGCCUGGAUAUCUUGAACAAAAAGUGACAAAAAUUUCCAGCUAUUAAUUGUCAAAACAAUGUGAUAACAUAACAAUAAUUUUUUAAAAUUAGAACGAUAUUAGGUUGUCUGAAACUCCUUUGCUAUCUCCAAAGUUUACAUGAUUGCCAUUCACCACAGCCACACAGGAACUAAAUUCAUCUGCCCUGAGAAAGAAGAUCGUCUUUGCAAAUCUGCCUGUCUUUCCUUUCGGUAGAUGUCAUACAAUUAGUUCAUUUUUCUGUACACACACUGCGCAUUUGUCACCUAUGUUUUGUUUGCCUCUCCAAUCUUGAGCUGCUAAAUACAAUGAUAAACAUGGUGUGCUUGGAUAAAAAAAUUCACUUCGAAUUCAGUUCUGUUUAUAAUGGGUAUUUCUUCUGUCACUGCUACUUUGACACCAGCAAAAAAAACAAAACCAUUGUCUUUUGCAAUUUUGCCACGAAGAAGCACUUCAAAAAAUAAAGCAAACUUCACUAAAAGACUACAAUGCCUGCCAAAAGUCUUGGAACACUGACAUCAAUUUCCAAGGUCAAAACCAAUCAUCCCCCUCUCCCCCACGGAACAAUGUUGGUUUACUAUCAAACGGAUUAGGAUUUUAGGAAGCACUUUCUUUUGCGCUUCUUUUACGAUAUUUCUCUAAAUCAUCAACAUUGUUUGAGGAGGAAGGGGGCGGAAGUAGCAAUUUUUUUUCAUGAAAGGAAUGAAAGAUAUCAAAUGCAGCGUAAAUUGGUGGGUGUUCCAAGUACUUUUGGCAGGCAUUGUAUGUUAGUUCAGUUCGAUGUUUAACGAAGAUUUGGAGAUAAAUGAGCCUUUUUCCUUGAUUGUUUACACUUUGUUAAUGUUAAUGCUUGGUGGUUUUAUCAAAAUUAAUCUAUGGUGUUUAUGACAAUAAGGCUGUGAAAAGCAGUCAUCUGUUCACAAAGAAAGUCAAAGCCCUUUGGAGCAAACCAUGUACACAAUCUGAUAACCCAAUUUUUUGUGCAAAAGAGGUUUUUUCGACAGCACCUUUCCUCCUGCUUCUUGUGUUUGUUUUUUUCAAUUUUUUUGUUUCUUGUUGUUUCUUUUUUGCUUCUUUUCAUUAUUUUGUUUACUUUUGCUUAUUUCGUUUCGUUUUCUUCACCUUUGCUUCUUUUGUUUCUUGUUGCUUCUUUUUGAUCUUUUGUUUCCUUUUUUUCUUUGUGUUAAUUUUGUUGACUUUUAUUUCUUUUCACUUCUAUUUGCUUCUUUUAAUUACCUUUUUCUUCGUUUUGUCAAUUUUUUCCUUUUAGUUUUUAUAAUUCAAAUUCAAUUAUUGAGAUCCAUUUACAGAGCAUUUUUAGGUCUGGUCAUGGUAUCCGAAAUCUAUCCAAAAUAAUAAAGUAGAGAACGAGUGUCUUAUUUCAAGCACUACAAGCACUAAUAGAAUAUGUAAGUCUGCUAAUGAAUAUCUUUUUUCAUUAGUACGCAGUCAUUCCAUUAUUGAUUUGCAUUUCAACAAAGCAACUUAACAAUGCAGGGACACCUAAGUUCAGGUAUCAGGGCACCUGUUAAUUGACCAGGUACAUGUAUUGAGGCAUCGAAUUUUGCUUAUAAGUUAUCAGAUUCAUACAUUCCCAGCGUGUUUAAAAUGCUCAUUCUUGGGAUAUUAUAAGAUUUUCCUUGUGAACGUCUCCAUCGGCUGUUGUGUUGGAUGCUGGGUAGUAAAUUUUGCCGUUCCAUCAUUCUUCCUUGAAAGGAGAAACUCAAAAAAGCAAGAUUUGGUUUGGAAAAAGAAAACAGCACCAAUUGAAGAACCAAAAAUCUUUCAAAAUACGAGCAGUAUAUAUUUUUUUGAUAAUUGGCAAAGUGUUUGACAAUGGAGCUGUUUGCAGUUACAAAGAUCCUUACAUUUCAAUUUGCUUUCCAAAGAACGGAAGCUACAAUCCACGGAAUCUUUGAAGUUGCUGCGCAUGAGAAGGUUUUCAAAGAAGCAUUGAUUAAGCUUAAUGUCAGUAUUACAAAUGCAUCUUCACACUUUGCACUAAACUUGAGUUUAAGCCAAUUUGUGGACAAGGGAAAUGACAUUGCAAAAGAGUUGAAUGGACACGGGAGAAGCGGCGGAUAUGUCGUUAAUGACUUUAGCAAUGUGAAAAACGAGAUCUUCAGAGAAAUUUCGAAUCAUGCAAAAGGCAAUGAAAGAAUUCAUACAGAUAAUGCUUUCAGUGGCCUUGACCGGAUUACAAACCAUUUAUCUGAAGUUGACGACCUGGUAAAGUUGGUCAAUCUAAUUCCUCUCCCAUCUAAAGGAAUAUCCGUCGUAGUGGAUGACUCGCAAUUUGGACGUGCCUCGCUUACCCGCAUUGUUGAGAAAUGCGCAGAGAAUGGCCUAAAUAUUACAGGCAUGCAAAUGAUAAGCAAUGUGGAUAAGGGGACCAUAUUUGCCUUAAAUAUUCACAAAAGCAAUGUGCUUGUUGUUGAUGUUGAUGAAAAGAAAACGGUUAAAAUCAUUCACAUGGUAAAAGAGUUGGGCCUGGCAGGGUAUCGCGAGGAGUUGCAUUGGAUGAUGACCACACGAUCUACUGGACAACUCGACAGGCAAUGCAACUUGCUUCCUCACACAUAUCGAUAUAUAGAUAAUGUCUCUGUUUCCGUGUCUUCCGACUUCAUCAUGGAGAAGAUUCAGCGACGAAACUUGGCUAGUCUGAAUCGGAAUCGCAAUGGAAUUACAGGAAAGAAAUCAUCUAUCAAAGAAUUUAACACCCACACUCAAUCGUGGUUUUCUCUGAAUGCGCUAACAAUGCAGCCUGAAAAGCAUUCUCACUCUACAAGCAAAGGUGAAGAUUUGCAGCCAGUUGUUCGAGUGGCAAUCGGGCACACCGCUGCACCCUGGGUGAUUGUGGAAGAGGUGAGUAAAACUCACACCGACCGAGAAGCAUGUGGUCGUACUGGCAUGUUGGGAGAGAUGCAUGUUAAUGGAACAGGAACUGUGAAGAUAUGUGCUUAUGGCUAUACUAUAGAUUUACUAAAUCUUUUGAAAACAAAGCUCCUUUUUGAGGCUGUAAUUUUCACCUCAAGAGACGGAAAAUUUGGAUCUUAUGACUUAGAAACAGGUGAAAGUGAUGGAAUUGUUAGAGAAGUGCUUGAAAACAAAGCUGAUAUUGGUAUAGAUCUGGCGGAAAACAAAGAAAGGUCCAAAGCACUUUGGUUCUCAAACCCCCACAUUAUUGCUCCGAUGGCCAUAGCCUACGUAGAGAGAAGCAGUUUUGAUGAAUCGAGUAUUUUUGGCCCUUUCAGUAACAAUCUUUAUAUCGGAAUAAUUGGAAUGAUUGUAGGGCUAGUUAUGAUUGUUUUUGUAAUUGAACGUGUCAGUCCUUACAGUGGAUUUCAAAUAAAAAAAAGAUGUUUAGACGACAUGGAAGACUUUGGUACUUUAGACAGUGCAACGUACGUAUGGGGCACCUUAUUUACAGGCGAAAUAAUUGAAAAGAAACCGAAAUCAUCUGGAAGUCGGACAAUGGUACUUGCUUUCUCUUUUGUAUCCGUUGUUAUAUUAUCGGCAUAUUCUGGAAACCUCAUCACCUACCUGGUAGUACUGGAUGAAAGGCCUCCAGUCUCAGGAUUGCUUGAUCCAAAGAUAAUCGGAAAAGAGAGUACAAUGAAAAUUGGGAUCCCUGGCAGUACAGUUAUUGAUGGAUUGAUCAAGACUCAUUCGGAUGCCAGAGUUAAAAACCUUUAUGGAAGACUGACGCACUGCAUAAGUCUUGAUGAAUGUGUGCUGAAAUUGAGGGAAAGGGAAAUUGAUUUAGUUAUGUCUGAACAACCGACUUUGAGAUACUAUGCAUCGAUUGAUCACAGCUGUUCGUUAAAAGUCAUAGAGCUGAAAGAUCGAGAUCUUGCGGUGGCAGUCGUAGCACGCAAAAAUUGGUCAUGGAGGAGAAGGAUAAACACAGCUAUCAAUGAUAUAGUUGCAUCCGGAAAUGCUGACUACAUUUAUGCCAAAUGGUUUGGAAAAGCUCCUUGCAAAAGAACAAACACUUUCUUUAGCCUAGAUAUCAUGAGACUAAAGGAUCUGUUCGUCUUGCUUGCAGGCUUUAUGGCUGGGUGUAUUUUUGUAAGCUUAACUUUGAGAAUUGUCAGCAAGUUUUACACGAAGAAGAAAGAUGACACAGAUGAAGAAAAUGAUUGAGUUUAAAAUCAACAAUUUGUUUAAAUGUCCGAUCCUAAAACAGGAGCUUUUAAUCAAAUUUCAGCCAGGAGAUUUUUGAGAGAUUUGGAAAAUUGAUAAUUGCAUCAAAAUUCUUUUAGGGAUCAGUAGUAGGUGUCUUGCAAUAAGAGGUGUGCUGACCCGUCUCGCGUGCAAAACGUACAUAAAUGGAUAAAAUAUAAGAUUUUUCUAUUGAUAUCCCUAUACAGAAGAAUAUGGUUGCAUACUGUAUGCUCCUAUAUUUAAAAUCUGAAAAAGUCGAGAGGACUGAACAAUAGCACUUAAAAUCUCAAACAAUUUUCUAGCCACCCUUUCUUUUUAAAAAGUUUUUUAGGGACCAUAUCAACUUACUAACUACGGGGGCAAAUGCCCCUGCAGCCCAAGUGACUUCCCUUUGUUUAUAACAAUAAGCUAUUGUCCUCUUCUUGAUAUUAACAAAUGCUUGCCCUGCAACCAAUUUCUCUCCCUAAAGGCUUUGGAGCUAUUGGAAUAAAAGUAGGUAGAUACAAGACAUUGAUUAAGUGAUAGGUACUAAUGAUGAAAUUAGAUAUCGUCAUAUUUAUAGCUUAAUAUUUCCUUUAGAAAGAAGUGAUCUCCUUAUAAAACAGCUUAAAUGCUACCAAGGCAGGAUGCCUUUAUCCCUACCUGGACAAACUGCAAGGGUAUAGAUGGUAUCUUAUUGCAAUAGUUUGAAGUUAUAGCUAAGAGUCAAUUUUACGUAAUUUUCGGUUUUUUAAAGUUUUGGAAUGGUGGAACAUACCACAUUCAGCUAGCGCCGAGAAAUAUGUACGCACACGGUAGUAUCUUUCCAGUUUUUGGCGUUAAAGAACUUGAAAAUGGCUUAAGUAAACAUUUUAUAACAUGUUGGCUUAAAGACCGGUAUAGUUGUCCAAUCAGUGCCACGUGCCUAAAGAAAAUUUACCACUAGAGUCCAAGAGAGAAAACAAACUCCUUCUGUCUACAAAAAGCCGCCAUUGUUAGAUUGAUCGACAAUGGCUUUUUCCAAGGUCAGAAGAAGCUGAUCAGGACACCAUUUUAAAAAAACGUUUAAAGGUUAAAAGGCCUUGCAUUCUUACAGAUUUAAAAAGGAAGAAAAAUAUUCUGUAAGAUGAUCCCCUCCUCGAGGUUUUCAACCAUCAACUCUUCAUGGGAUUGUAACUGUAAUGCCUUUUGUGCACUCUUUAUCACAGACGUCGUAAUCUGUAAUAUUGAAAACUAGACAUUUAAAUUAUUUCAUGUUUCGUUUAAUGUUAUUCUUUCAAUACCAUUUUUCACGACCUUUUGUUUGUAAACGUGCAAAUAAGACGUAUUUACCUCAAUUUCAAAUUCAAAUUCAAAUUCUGGUGAAGUACCGUCCAUUAUAAUGCAUGCUGUUACAUACUCUUUUUAAUUUUUUUUAAAUCUUUAUUUUGCAUUUGUAAUCUUUUGUAAUUCUGCACUUGUAAUUUAUGGUAUCCUUUAAACAAGCGGAAAAGUUACCAGGAGCAAACGCUUGUACUUCAGGAGUCACAAUAUUGUUGCUCUGGAAUGGUAUCCAAACUACUGAACAUGGCUACUAAACAAUAACUAGUUAAAAAAAAACACCUGCGAGAUUAAUCUGCGAGAUUCAUCAGUAUUUCUAGCUUUAAUGCCAAUACAGUCAAAUCCCGCUAUCUUGAAAUCGGUUAUCUCGAAAACUCUCUAUUUCAAACAGAUUUUUAUUUCCCUCGUUUUCCUGUAGCGCUUUGUACAGUAAUGAAACGCAAUAUCUCGAACAAUUCGCUAUCUCGAACGAAGUUUUAAACCCUUGAGCGAAAAAGCCUCGAUAUCUUGAACAAAAAGUGACAAAAAUUUUCAGCUGUUAAUUGUCAAAACAAUGUGUGAUAACAUAUCAAUAAUUUUUUAAAAUUAGAACGAUAUUAGGUUGUCUGAAACUCCUUUGCUAUCUCCAAAGUUUACAUGAUUGCCAUUCACCACAGCCACACAGGAACAAAAUUCAUCUGCCCUGAGAAAGAAGAUCGUUUUUGCAAAUCUGCCUGUCUUUCCUUUCGGUAGAUGUCAUACAAUUAGCUCAUUUUUCUGUACACACACUGCGUAUUUGUUACCUAUGUUUUGUUUGCCUCUCCAAUCUUGAGCUGCUAAAUACAAUGAUAAACAUGGUGUCCUUGGAUAAAAGAAUUCACUUCGAAUUCAGUUCUGCUUAUAAUGGGUAUUUCUUCUGUCACUGCUACUUUGACACCAGCAAAAAAAACAAAACCAUUGUCUUGUCUUUUGCAAUUUUUCCACGAAUAAGCACUUCAAAAAAUAAAGCAAACUUCACUAAAAGACUAUGUUAGUUCAGUUCGAUGUUUAACGAAGAUUUGGAGAUAAAUGAGCCUUUUUCCUUGAUUGUUUACACUUUGUUAAUGUUAAUGCUUGGUGGUUUUAUCAAAACUAAUCUAUGGUGUUUAUGACAAUAAGGCUGUGAAAAGCAGUCAUCUGUUCACAAAGAAAGUCAAAGCCCUUUGGAGCAAACCAUGUACACAAUCUGAUAACCCAUUUUUUGUGCAAAAGAGGGUCUUUUCGACAGCACCUUUCCUCCGGUAACUGCUUCUUGUGUUUGUUUUUUCAUUUCUUUUUGUUUCUUUUUGUUUUUCCUCUUUUCCUUUUUCCCCUCUUUUCUUUUGUUUCUUUUUGUAAUUUUUUCCUUUUUGUUUCUUUGGUUUCUUCUUGUUUCCUUCUGUUUCUUUUUGCUUCCUUCUGUUUCUUUGUGCUUCUUUUCAUUAGCUUUAUUUCUUUUCGUUUAUUUCGUUUCCUUUUGUUUCCUUCUUUCUUUUUGUUUCAUUUUGUUUUUUUCGUUUCUUUUUCUAGUUCUUUAGAUUUCAUGGGAUUUCGAAAUAUGACAAUGUUUACUUGAAUUUAGAAGUAGUUAUUGCGUAGUUUCAUUUGGUACUGUGCUGUUGUCUAGCAUUCUUUCUAUGCUGCUACUAGAUGGGUUAUUGAAUGACAGCUGUGUUUUACCCAGAAAAUAGAGUUAAGGUUGCCUCUUGUUCAUCAACUCAAAACAUUCCAAAUGAAAAUGGAACUGGGUAUAGGCAAGCGGCACUGAUUGGGCAUUCUCAACAGUCAUUUGCUCGCGUUUCUGAUUGGCCUAUUUCCUUGCGUAGAGUUGUUGAUUUAUGUUCUGAUGUUUUAUACUCUGAAGAGUGUGAAAGGAUACGCAAAUGUUUGCUUUUUUCAAAGCCAUUUUUAAGUUUUGUACCACAAAAAGAUUGUUUGGAACUGGUUAUAUUAAAAAAGUUGUUUCCAAAUUAAACGUUAUGGUCACAUUUGCUUUUUUACUCUCAUCAAUCCCUACGGGUCAAUAAAAAUGCUUUUUUAAUUUACAUUUCAACACGAAAAGUUAACCUAGAGUGUCAAUGGCUCAAAGGGUCAUAAAUUUGGUGCUGAGCCCUUGUAUAGGCAAUUUUAGCCCUAAAAUAUUUUAAACUUCAUGUUUGUGUUUCUAGUAGAAGAUUCUUGUCACGUUUCUAAAAAUUGUUGCUUUUUAAGUUUUUUGUUAUGAAAAUUCCUACUAGCCCUUAUUUUUACCUUCAACCAUUUGUCUCCAAUCACUGAUACUAAGCCAUUGAGUGUUGAUCAAGCGACAAUGAUGAAAGGAACUGCCUUAUACUCUCUUUAUUUAAGCUAGAGUUGAUUAUACGUAAGAUUUUUCAGUCCUCGCAAUCCGAUUUAAAAUAGCCUUCUUUUAUUAUUUUGAUGAUAUCAACAUAAAAUAAGAAAACUAAAACAGUCUAACUAAACCAUGGUUUUUUGAAUGCACUGUUUUGAGAACCAUAGACUUUCUUCCCAUUGCAUAAGAAUACUUUAUAAUUAUUGAUCAUUUUUAUGUCUUGUCAUGGCAAAAGCAUCGGAAAUUAAAAAGUAAAGAACGAGUCUGCUAUUUCAAGCACUGUUAGAAUUUUUUAAUCUGCUAAUGAAUAUUUUUGUACGUUAGUACGCAGUCAUUUCAUUGUUGAUUUGUAUUUCAGCAAAGAAACUUAACAGAGCAGGGACGCCUAAGUCCAGGUAUCAGGGCACCUGUUAAUUGACCAGGUGCACGUAUUAAGACAUCAAAUGAUGAUGAUAAGUUAUCAGAUUGAUACAUUCCCAGCUUGUUUAAAAUGUUCAUUCUUAGGAUGUUGCAACGAUAAGGUUUUCUGGACGUACUCUUCCAUCGGCUGUUGUGCUGGAUGCUGGGCAGUAAAUUUUGUCAUUUGCUUGAAAUAUAUUCCCACAUAAUGUAACGUUACUUAUUGAGCAUUCCAUCAUUUUUUCUUGAAAGAAAAAUCUAUCGUGGAAGGAACAAUAAUUGGUUUGGAAGCAGCUCUGCUACGAACCAGAUCAAUUUUCAUUUUUUAAUGACUGGUGAUGUGUUUGACUAUGGAGCUGCUUGCAACUUUAAAGAUCUUCACAUUUGCAUUUGUUUUCCAAAGAACGGAAGCAAGAAUCUACGGAAUCUUUGAAGUUGCUGCGCAUGAGAGGGUUUUCAAAGAAGCAUUGGUUAAGCUUAAUAUCAGUAUUACAAAUGCAUCUUCAUACUUCGCACCAAACUUGAGUUUAAGCCAAUUUGUGGACCGGGGAAAUGACAUUGCCAAAGAAUUGAAUGGACAUGGAAUAAGCGGCGGAUAUGUCUUUAAUGACUUAAGCAAUGUCAAAAACGAGAUCUUCAGAGAAGUUCUUAAUAAUAACAAAAGCUACAAAACUGUUCAUGCAGACAAUAAAUUCAAUAUAGCAGACAAGAUUCCAAACCAUUUGUCUGAAGUUGACGACCUGGUAAAGAUUGUCAAUCUAAUUCCUCUCCCAUCCAAAAGAAUAUCCAUCGUAGUGGAUGACUCGCAAUUGGGCCGUGCCUCACUUACCCACAUUGUUAAGAAAUGCGCAGAGAAUGGCCUAAAUAUUACAAGCAUGCAAAUGAUAAGCAAUGUGGAUAAGAGGACCAUAUUUGCCUUAAAUAUUCACCAAAGUAAUGUGCUUGUUGUUGAUGCUGAUGAAAAGAAAACGGUCAAAAUCAUUCACAUGGUAAAACACUUGGGCCUGGCAGGGUAUCGCGAGGAGUUGCAUUGGAUGAUGACCACACGAUCUACUGGACAACUCGACAGGCAAUGCAACUUACUUCCUCACACAUAUCGAUAUAUAGAUAACGUCCCUGUUUCCAUGUCUUCCGCCUACAUCAUAGAGAAGAUUCAGCGACGAAACUUGGCUAGUCUAAAUCGGAAUCGCAAUGGCAUUACAGGAAUAAAAUCAUCUAUCAAAGAACUUAAUACCCACACUCGAUCGUGGUUCACUGUGAAUACCCUAACAAUGCAGCCUGAAAAGCAUUCUCACUCUACAAGCAAAGGUGAAGAUUUGCAGCCAGUGGUUCGAGUGGCAAUCGGGCACACUACCGCACCCUGGGUGAUUGUGGAAGAGGUGAGUAAAACUCAC